AUGCCGAAGAUUUCGAAAAUAAACCAGGCUGAUUCUGCAGAUUCGAAGCUGAAUUCUUCGAAACCCAAAUUGAUUGAAUCGGAAGUAAAAGAAGCCAGCAGACGAACUCCGAAAAUUGUUGAAGACAUCAAAUCGACAGCAAAUUCAAGAGAAAAUACGCCAGAAGUCAAAGCUCAACUCUCUUUUACAAUGGUAACUCGGUCGAAAACUAGGUUGGCGAGAAAGCAAGAUGGUUCCGAACAAGAAGAUGCGGCAACUCCAAAAAGGCAAAAGGUGAAGGGCGAAGUCGAAACACCGAAAAAAAUUGGAGUGAAUAAUAAGGAAUCCACCAAAAGUGGAAAGAAUUCUUCGAAACCGAAAACUGUUGCUAAAUCGGUGUCAGAAGAAUCCAACAAGUCUUCGAAGAAUAGAGCCAGUCCAGUUAGGCGAGUUGCGUAUGCAACUCGUCGGAAAACGUCUAGUGAAAAUCACACAAUAAAUCCUAUGGACAAACGGCCGUCAUCUGAAUGUUCCAUGGAUGUUCAAUUGGAUAGUAAUGAACAUUCUGACGAUGAAAAUAUGAAAGUAAAUGAAGGUAAAGCUGCAACGAAGAAUAAUCUGUUGAACGAGGAAACGGCGAAAAGAUUCUCGGCGUGGAAUACGAAGCUUGACGAUGUUACCCUAAACGAAUACAAUUCGGUAUCACGAAAACGAAAAGCGACAAUAUUUGGAGUUCCGCUUGAUGAGAUUGUUAAAGCAAAAAAACAAAUGACACUUAUCGAUGCGUGGAAUAAAACAACAGAUGUUGUACCAACAAAAAAUGAUGAUAGAUUUGAUGCUGAAUUUCGUCGGUAUCUCGCUGAAAAUAAAAAAGCGACGAAAGAUUUUGAAGCUGGAUACAUUUUGAAUAAUCGCUAA